GUGAAGUCAGCAAUGUAGGCAAUCUUGGUGACAAUGGUGGCGUCCUGCGAGGUGAAGCCUACAGCGUCCACCUGAGCCCCCGUGCACGUCUCACCUGUAAAGAGUCACGUGUGUCUAAUAAAACAGUGAUCAGCUGGUGGUCUUGGGUGGACGGGAAGUUACCUUUUCUUCAUGUCUCCACAAUGGAUAUCAAGGAAAAGUUCAUGUCCUUCAUUGACAAGCAGAUAUCGCUCAAUAAGACACCCUCCUCGACUAUUCCGGGCGGUGAGUUUGUAACCUCGGAUGACUUUGAGGGGCGUAUGGCAGUGACGGCCCAGCUGCACAGGAAGACCAGCGUCCUCAAGGAGCAGAUUCUCACCCCAGAGGCGGAGCAGGCGGUGAUUGAUGGCAUCGAGCAGGUGUACUUCGAAGCCGGGGACGUGGACAUCAGUGAGCAUGAGCUGAAGAAGUUUCCAGAGACCAUAGAUGUGAAUGUGAUCAAUGGCCUGCGCUCCCGCCUCAGGAAGCAGCAGAACAUUGUGUCGCGGCGAGUGUCCGACCUCAUCAUGCAGAAGCAAGGGCUGUGUAGCACGGAGAUGGAGCAGGUGAUGGAGCUGCAGCGGGAGGUGAUCCGCAUGGUGGGGCUGUGUGUAGAGGGCCGCAGGAAGUUGGCACAGGGCCGCAGCCAGUUCACCUCGGCCAGUCUGGGCAUCCUGGCCAACUACAGCAAGAGGCAGAAGGUGGCCAGCGUCAUCCGCUCACUGAGGAUGAUCCGCACGCUACAGAUGACAGACGAGCAGCUUCAGACGUUACUGCGGGCGGAGGACUACCCAGGUGCCAUCCAGCUACUCCUCGAGUGCCAGAAGGCGGCAGCGACCUUUAAGCACUUCACCUGCAUAUCCGAGCUGAGCACCAAGCUGCAGGACACGCUGGAGGUGGCUGAGGAGCAGCUGGACCAGGCGCUGGCCAGAGUGGCAGCCAAUUUCAACAUCCGGAGUUAUGAAAAGCUACAGACGGCUUAUGGGUUGCUGGGGAAGACACAGACCUUGAUGGACCAGCUGCACAUGCACCUCACCUCUCACAUCCACAACUCAGCCUUCACCAUUGUGCUAGGCUACGUCGAGCUUUACAACAGUGCCGCAGCGGGAGGCAUCGGGGUUGUGACUGGCACCUCCUCCUCCUCCACCUCCUCCUCUUCUUCCUCCAAGCUACAGUACUCAGAGUUAUGCAAGUAUAUAAAUGAGGAGAGCUUUCUUCCUUGCCUCCUGGACCUCAGUAAAUGCAUGUGGAACGUUCUGAGGAGUUACAGGAACAUAAUAACAUGGCAUGACAACAACAAACAGAUGGGCGGUGAUGAUGUGGGAGCCUCAGGGAACAAUGGUAAUGGUGAGGGUGUUGCAUCAGAGCAUUACAUCAAGCAGAAACUAGAACACGGGCUCUACAGGAUAUGGCAGGAUGUGCAGGCCAAAGUGCGCACCUUCACUCUAGCCUCAGACCUCGCACACUUCAAAUUCGACGACUUCCUGCGCAUCCUGGACGUAAUGAACAAGUUGAUUGAGGUCGGCGAGUGCUUCUGUGGGAGUAAGUCAGAAACCCUACGUGAGUCUAUCAAGCAGCAAUCCAUCAACUACUUCAGGAACCAUCACCGGGCACGCAUGGAGGAGCUGCGCAUGUUUCUCGAGAAUGAGGGAUGGGAGGCAUGUCCUGUGAAGUCCACCUUUACCAUCCACCAGCUGAUGGAGUACCGGUUUCUCAAGGGGAGGGACACCAGCCUUACUCGUAUCACCUCCCCCACCUCUUCUCCCACCAAGGCACAAGGUGGUGUGGAGAAGGGUGAUGUGUUUGACAAGUAUGGCCAGGAGGGGUCACCCUUUGACCUGGUGACAGAGGAGGCAGUGGAGGAGGACAUCAUGGCCAAUGGGGAAGCUGGCAGUCUGACAGAUGAUGAUGACGAGAGCGAUGAGGACAUGCCAAUAGAACUUAAGCGAGACUAUGUAGAGGAGCACAUUGGUGACAUGCCCCCAGCCCGACCGCCCCACGCCAGCCGACGCCUCAGCCACUCUAAAGCUCCCAUUGUCACCAACACAACCCUCACCAUCCUGCGGCUCAUCGGCAAGUACAUACAGAUGAUGCGUCUCCUGCAGCCCAUCGCCUUUGACGUGAUGGUGUGCCUCAGUCACCUCUUUGACUACUAUCUCUACACCGUCUUCACCUUUUUCGGUGCCAGGGGUGAGCUGGAGCAGAGUCUCAGUAGAAGGCUGCGUGCAUCCCUAAAGAGGAUCCAGGACACCCUCAUCCUCACCCCUGAUGCUUCACCAGAGGAGCCAGUUGAUCAGGACAAGGUGAUGUGUCCGUCCCUGUCUCCGGUGGUGGACAUCACCUCCUCGGAGAGUAUAUGUGGCCUGUCGGUGCGGGUGGUGGCUGUAGAGAGCCUGGCCUUUCUGGCAGCCCAGUUGGAGGCGCUGCACUGCCACAUUGAGCCGCUCAUCCCACAGCAACGCAGAACAUUCCUGCAGCAGUUCUACACAGGCACCAUCAAGAUCACUCCUGAGAUAAGGCAUCACGUCUACACUGCCGUGGCUGCUCAAGCAAUAGACUAUGAUGGAGUGCUGAGCCGUAUGAUUAAUGUUAAGUGGGACAUCAAUGACCUCAUGAGUCAGCACAGUCAGUAUGUGGACAUCCUCCUGAGGCAGCUGCAGGUUUUAAGCAUGCGUUUGGAGGAGGCAAGCCAGACAUCUCCAAUCCCUGAAGAAGCAUACACAGCCCUAUGGGAGUCCAUCGUACGCAUCACUAACCGCACGCUGCUGGAAGGAUUUGCCAGCGCCCGCCGCUGCACCAAUGAAGGCCGCUCACUCAUGCAGCUGGACUACCAGCAAUUCCUAAUGAAGCUGGAGUGCUUGACCUCAGUGCGGCCUCUACCAGACCGCCACCUGGUGGAGACAUACAUCAAGGCCUACUACCUGCCGGAGGGGGCGCUGGAGGCUUGGGUGCAGCAGAGCCAGGCAGACUACUCCCCCCGCCAACUGACUGCUCUUGUGGCCACCAUGACACAUGUCAGUAAGCGUUCCAGACAGAGGAUUGCCGCCCUCAUAGAGGAGAGUGGCAAGAAGUCCUAGGAGUGGGUUCUGAUUUCGGUCUGUGGGUUAGUGGGGGCUGUGAUGGCAUAAAGCUGCUGCUGCUGCUUUUUAAAGUUUUCUAAGGGGAGAGAGAAUGUUGGUCUCUGUACAGGUUGUCCCAUAUUCCUACACAAACUUCAGGACAUUUAGUUGUGCACCUUUGUGAGCUACUGCCAGGUAACAAAUUUUGAUCCAAGCGAACAAAUGCUGAAUCUGCUUUUUAGAAUUAAGGUAAUGAGGAUGGUCUAAUUUUUAUUGGUAAAAGGGGCAAUAGUUACAUUACUGAGAGAUACGUAACAUUCCAGUUUGCUCCUUGAACAUUAGAAAUUCUUUUGAAAUAAGUUGAAUGGCAGUUCCUUUGGUUUAAAAUGAAAGUGUUCAGCCCAUGAAUUACAAAAAUAGUACCUAAUUACUAAAAUGGUAGGAAAUAAUGAAUUUGAUUCUGCAUUUUUAAUUUAAUAUAGCAUUUAUUUCAGCAUAUUAUGUUUGUUAGAAGGGAAAUGUGCUGUGCAUAAACCUUUGAGAUAGUGCUCUCACUGUGCAUUGUAGCAUGAAAAGUAGCAAUCAAAUUGUUCACCACACAAAUAGACACAAUGAUAAAAGACAUACUGUAGUGCAUUAGGAUAUAUUUUGUGGUUUUCAUUCAUAUCAUUGUCUUAAAUAUGGCAAUUUGAAAAGUAGUGACGAAAAGUUACAUUGAUGAACAGGUAGUAAACAGAGGCAAGCAAACAGAGAUAGCAGUGCCUCCUUUGUGGAUUGAUGGUGAAGACUUGUCACUAAGGAUGAAAGAUGCAUCUGCCUUAAUAGACAGGUGGUAAUAAUUUCCCUUAUGACAGGUGGCAAUAAGUUCCCUUAUGAUAGGUGGCUGUUGUUACAACACUGAAUAUUGCUGCACACUGCUCCCAGCACAGCUUCUCUCAUAUCCGAGCCUGAAACUGUAGUGAUUAGUGCUUAUCCUUAAGAAUGUUGUGCUGGGAUGUGACCAGUAUUGAACUUACUGACUGCAGUGUUGUGAGGAGGUGAAUCACUGAGCCUGUCUUUCAUGAGAUUGGCUUUUAGGGAAAUUCUUGAUUCUGUGAUUCCAAGAAUGUACAGUUUUUAAAUCUUAAGUUGUCACCUGCCUUAUAAAUAGUGCUUACCUCACCAUGUGUGUGUGUGUGUGUGUGUGUGUGUGUGUGUGUGUGUGUGUGUGUGUGUGAGUACAGGAAAAGGGUUUAGUAUGUACAGAUGUUUAUAUAUUAUUGCAUCUGUCGAGUGCAAGAAAACUUAUUACUUUUCCAUUUUAGAGUUGAGUGAUGUGUGGGGCAACCUUGCCUACCUAAUAUUGAAUCUCUGUAACACAAUGAUCAAAUAGAACUAUUGGCUGGGAAGUUCUUACUUAGCUUUAAGAAUUUCUUUAAAAGUGAACAGAUGUAUCUAAUGAAACUCAUCUCCUUGGUAGUAGUGCAAUGUAUUAUACAGUGUUACAAAAUAAGAAAAAUUUUAAAUGAGUCAUAAUGGAAAUUAAGCUUUCAUGCUGUACAGUAUAAUUUAAUAUAUAACUGAAGUUUCCAUUAUUAUGAAUUUGUUGUUAAAUAAACAUCUUUCUAAUGAA